AUUUGUCUUCCACCGACUUGAUCAAGCCAAGCCAGGAGCUCAAGACUCACAUCAAAAAUGGCAGAGUACAAACCUGGUUACGGUGGCUAUGCUGACCUCGAAGGCAAUGGUCGAUUGGCUCCCUUCGCCAUUCGGAACCCGGAUGUGCGCGCUUACAUGGCCGAAUUCGUCGGUACAUUCAUUCUCGUGCUGAUCGGCGACGGCUCCGUGGCUCAGUUCGUGCUCAGCAAGAGGGCUGCUGGUGACUAUCUAUCGGUGAAUCUCUGCUGGGGUAUCGCACUGCUAUUUGGCGUUCACUUCUCGGGUGGUGUUAGCGGUGGACACCUCAAUCCAGCGGUCAGUGUCACGAUGGCGCUGUUCAAACGCUUCGAAUGGCGUAAAGUGCCGGGUUACAUCAUCGCACAAACGUUGGGCGCUUUCGUCGCUGCUCUGGUGCUCUUCAUCGUCUACUACCCAUGGCUCGACAUCGUAGACCCGGAGCGUGAGUUCACUCAAGGAAUCUUUGCUACAUACCCGAAUCCACAGAUCCCCAACUGGGCUGCAUUCGCCAACGAAGUCAUCGGCACCGCUCUGUUAGUCGGUGGCAUCUUCGCGUUGUGCGACCAGAUCAACAAGCCCGCCAGCCCCUACAGCUUCCCCGGUGCGGUGGGUCUUCUGCUGACGGGUAUCGGUAUGUCGUUCGGACUCAACACUGGCUACGCUCUCAACCCCGCUCGCGACUUCGGCCCGCGCCUUCUAACGCUUCUUGGUGGCUGGGGCUGGAAGGUAUUCUCCUCACACGGCGGGUACUUUUGGAUCCCCAUUCUGGGCCCGUUCAUUGGCGCAGUGCUGGGUGCUACCAUGUACGUGGGCCUCGUUGAACUCCACCACCCGCCCCAGUAAGGUCUGCUAUAGAAGUACGAAACCGAAUGAGCUUAGUAAUCCCAAUUUAUUCAGAGCAUUAGCCAAAUAUACCACAUUGAUAGCAGG